CUUGGACUGGGGGGAGGGGGGUGAACAUUCCUCUCAUAGUGCCGAGCAGGCAGGGGGGAGCUUCCUGCCACUUCUCCCGCACCGCUUCCCCUUUUUUUUUUUCCUUUUACCGUUAAACAUGAAAUUUGCCGAGAAAGACGACGACUUUGCGGCCGCGGACAAGCUCCUUUUCCCGGAGGAAGGACUUAGAUGUACCGCGAAAGCCUCGACUGAACGGCGGCAGUGGGCUUUCCCUUUGUAGAGGGAAACUUUUUGUGGAGUCGCUUCAGUAAUCGCUUGAAAGGAGAAAACUAGAGAAAAUGAUGUUUCAUCGAGUUGAAGAACCGAGAAAGUAAACGGAAGAGGCUGCGCAGAAAGAUGUCUCGCAAAAAAUCGUCUUCCUCACUGAGGAUGAGAAGAAUAACAGAAAGUGAUAAAUGGAGUGUAGACCGUGCACGGAGCUUGUCCUUCCAUGAAGUGCGCGGCCGGCGUGAGGCAGAGAUGAGGGCCGCAGCUGAGGAGUCGUCAAACAGCAACAACAGUGUGGGCAGUGGCGGCAACACCGUUCUGCAGCGCCUCCUACAGGAGCAGAUGAACCGGAAUUAUGUCCUGCAACAACAACAACAACAACAGCAACAACAACAACAAGGAGGGGGAGGAGGUUAUUCAGGACAGGGACAGGUAGGCCCCUCUGAUGAUCACUCCAUGACCCCCCACAUUGCCCGUCAGGAGCCUCAGGGACAGGAGCUGCAGACGGACAGUGGCCUGGAGAAGCUGGUUUCCACCAGAGUAGGAGGAGGGGGUGGCAGCAGUGGAGGAGGAUGUGGCAGCAGUGGAGGUCUGGGCAACCAAGGGCAAUGUCUAAACCCAGAGGACCUCCCUACAUAUGAGGAGGCCAAAGUGCAGUCACAAUACUUCCGGGGCCAUGGUCCUCCUCCUCCUCCACAGCCUCAGCAGCAGAACAAUCAGCCCCAGCAGCCUCCUCAUCCUGUGUCAGUGGGUGCUGCCUUUUAUGUCACUGGUGUGACCAACACCAAGUUGCGCACUGAGGGUCGCCCAACUGUGCAGCGAGUGAGCGGUGCAGGGAAGGUGCACCAGGAUGAUGGGCUGAAGGACUUGAAGCAAGGCCAUGUUCGCUCUCUCAGUGAGCGACUUAUGCAGCUCUCUCUGGCCACCAGUGGCGUGAAGGCCCAUGCUCCUGUUACUAGUGCCCCACUCUCCCCCCAGCUGCCCCCUCCAGGCCCACCAGGUGACUUCUACAAGCCACAGCAUCGUGGUCCUCCUCCGGACUACCCUUUCAAGGGAAUGGGCUCGCCCACGAAGCAGCAGGAACCAGGAGGCCAUUACUACCAAGAGCAUAGAGGGAGGGAACACUCGCGGGAGGUUCUUCCUGUCCGAUACCAGCCCCCACCGGAGUAUGGUUCAUUCAGGUCCUGUAAAGAGGGUUCAGUUCACUCCCAAAGGCCUCUUCACCAGCACAGUCCCACAUCCUCUGUCACCUCUGUGGGCUCCUUGUCACGUGCUCAGGCCUCCGCCCUCAGCAACAUGCUUAGUGCCUCCCACUCCUCCCAUCCCUCUUUCCCCCACCAGCACCUACAGAACCAGGGAGAGCCUUUUCCUGGCAUGGGGCCACGUGGCCUCCAGGGUCCUGGCUCACACCAUGCAAGUGAGCCCUUUAAUUUGGGACACAUUCACCCAUCCUUACAGAGAGGUCACGGGUUCCCACCCGAUCCCUAUGGCUCCACCCCAAGGAUGCACCAUCAGCAGCAGCAGCACCAUCAGUAUCAGCAACAACAACAACAACAACAUCAGCAGCAGCAGCAGCAGCAGCAACAACAACAACAACAACAGCAGCAUCAUCAUCAUCAUCAUCAUCAGCAGCAGCAGCAGCAACAACAGCAACAACAACAACAACAACAACAACAACAACAACAUCAUCAUCAUCAGCAGCAGCAGCAGCAACAACAGCAACAACAACAACAGCAACAACAACAACAGCAGCAACAGCAACAGCAGCAACAUCAGCUCCAAGGACCAAUAUCUCCACAGCUCCAGCUACCCGUCCAGGCUGGACACUUUCCUCACCCACACUCCUUCUCCCACAUGCAGGGAGAACCCUUUGCCAUGAUGGCACGUGCCCACCAGAUGGUGGAUAUGCUGACAGAGGAGAACAGGAUGCUGAGGCAGGAGAUAGAGACCUGCCGUGAGAAAGUUACCAAGUUGCAUAAGUUGGAAACAGAGAUCCAGCUGGUGUCAGAGGCCUACGAAAACCUUGCCAAGUCCUCCUCCAAGAGGGAGGCCCUGGAGAAAACCAUGAGGAACAAGCUGGAGCUGGAAGUGCGCCGAUUGCAUGACUUCAACAGAGACCUCAGAGAACGCAUGGAGACGGCCAAUAAACAGCUCGCUGCUAAAGAGUGUGAAGGAUCCGAGGACAACCGCAAAACCAUCUCCCAGCUGCUCACUCAGCACAAAGAGACACUGCGGGAGAAGGAGAAGCUGGAGAUGGAGCUAAACUCACUGCGCUCCACCACUGAAGACCAGAGGAGACACAUCGAGAUCAGAGAUCAGGCACUCAACAAUGCUCAGGCCAAGGUAGUCAAGUUGGAGGAGGAGCUGAAGAAGAAACAGGUUUACGUGGAGAAGGUGGAGAGGAUGCAGCAGGCUCUGGCUCAGCUUCAGGCGGCCUGUGAGAAGAGGGAGCAACUCGAGCAUCGACUUCGCACGAGACUGGAGAGAGAGCUGGAGUCAUUACGCAUGCAGCAGCGCCAGGGAGGCUCUCACCAUAGCGGUGGGGUCCCGUCUGAGUACAACGCCACAGUGCUGAUGGAGCACCUGAGGGAGAAGGAGGAGCGAAUCCUGGCUCUGGAGGCCGACAUGACCAAGUGGGAGCAGAAGUACUUGGAGGAGAGCGUGAUGAGGCAGUUUGCCCUGGAUGCAGCUGCCUCGGUCGCCACUCAGAGGGAUACAUCAGCAUCAGUGAUAAGCCACUCUCCCAGCAGCAGCUAUGACACAUCAGUGGAGGCUCGGAUCCAGAAGGAAGAGGAAGAAAUUCUCAUGGCCAAUCGGCGCUGUCUGGACAUGGAAAGCAGGAUAAAGAAUCUCCAUGCACAAAUCAUAGAGAAGGAUGCCAUGAUUAAGGUGCUCCACCAGCGCUCAAGGAAAGAGCCUAUCAAGUCAGACCUGCCUUCUGCUAUGAGACCCUCCAAGUCCCUGAUGUCUAUCUCUAACACUGGCUCUGGUGGUUCAGGACUGCUCUCUCACAGCCUGGGUCUUAGUAGCUCUCCCAUCACUGAAGAACGUAAGGACACCAGCUGGAAAGGCAGUCUGGGUGUUCUACUGGGUCCAGAGUACCGUACAGAUUCUCUCAGGACAGAUUCAAUCUCAUCAUCGCCCUCCCCAGUGCUACCGUCCACUCCGAUGACUGCAGGCCACUCCAAGACGGGCAGCAGGGACAGCUGCACGCAGACUGACAAGGGCCAGAGUCAGGACACCAGCAAACCCAGCACUCCAGCCCUACAGAGCAUGACUUUGCCUGCCCGCCUGUCCAGCCCCAGCCCUGUCUACAUUCCUGACCGCAUAGCAGACGUAGGAAUGUUUCACAGCAGCACCCUGGAGCGCAGACAUCCUCUCCAGUCCCACGUACAGCAACAGCCCCCGCCGCCAACGCCAUCCACGCAACAGGAGGUGGACAACGACAUGGUGGAGAUCCUCAUUUGACCCAAUGAGCUCUGGAACAAAACCUCCAAAACGAAGAUGGUAGUCCCAUCAGAACAGAAGCAGUGACAUGUAGAUCAUCCCAAUUCAUCCUUCACACCUGUAGCUCUGUCUGUCGACACACACCAAGACAUACUUUCAUCCUCUUUGUUUACAUCUGCAUCCAUUCAAACACUUGUUUCACAUUCCCUUCAUUCCUUCGCUGUUUAUCUUUGGAAACUCCACAAAUCAAAAGCAAAGAAGCAGAAGCAUGGCUUAUUUCAGCUUGUGUCACUAUGAAGUGCGACUUUGUAGCCUCGUAUUUAUCUCUCUGACGCUUUUGGCACUUUUAUCAUAACGCCGGCGGCUAAAUUUGCCGACUCAUGUUUGAAGUUGAAUGAAAGCUUUCAGUCGCGAUGUAGGCCCGCGCUUGUAAAAAAAAAAGAGACCAAGUUUACCGUUUACAUGACGACGAUUAAUGAGAUGGAAAAUAUAAAACAGAGUAGAUGGAGCUGAAAGCCAAAAUCUUUCUGUUCAAUUGUAAUCAUAGAGAGAAUACAUGCAUAUUUACACCCACACACACUAAUGUAUUUUUACUUUUACAAUUGAAGCUACUGUCCCUAAUUGGUUUCUAAAGCACUUUUUGUCAUGUGUGUGAAAAUCCUCUUUAUGUCCUUGAUAGCCAUCAACAAAUAACAUUGUCUGGGAGUAAAAAAAAGCACAAUACUGUAAUCAGCAGGACCAAUCAUUUAGUUUGGACCAAAACCCAUGAAUUCGUUGGCAUUCCUGUCACUAACCGAUCUGUCUACAUGUGUGUUUCAUUAUCAUAAUCUUUAGUGUUCUCUCUGUGGAGCUCUCUGCUCCUCUCGGCUUCAGACAGUGUCUGUUUGACAUGGAUGUGUCAGUUGUGUCAUCAGCAGUGUAGAAUGCUAAAGAGCUCCAAACGUCACAUCACUCCCAUCGCUCCGUCUUCAAUGUCGGGCUUUACAAUCUAUCAAAAUUUUAUCACGAUCACAAUGUGGCCGCAAUAUUUCUUAAAGCCGAAACGUGUGUCGUCAAAUGACCAUUUCAGAUCCAAUAUUGUCCUGACCUAUUCACAUCCUAUUCUACAGACUUUGUUUCUCACAGAUCUGCUCAAAUAUCACACAGUGAUCCUUUGAAAUGUGUUAUUCAAAUGAAAAUAAGAGUGAUUAUGUAAAAAUAACCAUUCAAUUUCAGUCAAAAUAAUCACAGUUAGAUAUUUAUUCAAAAUCUUUCAGCCCUAGUUCUAUGCUCACCACUGAUCUUUAGUGAUCUGGUAAAAUCCUCCCUUGUUUGCUUGUCCAUGACUGUUUUUGUGGUACAACAGCGAUCCAUCAUAUAUACUUAGUUGCCUGGUGUUAUACCUCUAGGGAUUCGAACCAUGUUGCUUCCUGCCAAAAUAGCGUUUUGAUUCCAAAUAUUGCACAAGUAGAUUAAGUGGCAUCUGCUACCAGAGCUUUAUUUCAACCAUUUCCUGACUCCUACACUCCAUCAUAUUCCCCCCCCCCCCCAACUUUAUUGAUGGCUAUUUGGACAUAAAGAGGAUUCCAACAAUCAACAUAAAAGAGUGUUUAAGAAUUACAGACUCCUGCUCUAAGGUGAUUUAUCUACACCUCACCUAUUUUAUGACUCACUGUGGUUGGUGAUGAAGGCUGCUUUUUUUUCCUUUUUUUUUCUUUUUUUUUCUUUUUUAAACCUGUGGGUGGGUUUAGUGUCAUUGUUUCUGCAGCACUAGCAGCAUGUCAGCAGAUCUGGGAACGGUUAGGCUUUGUAACAGUUUACCUUCCCAACAUGCAGGCAAAUGACAAUUAGAAGUUGGUCUUAACAAGUAGCUUGUUACUUGAGCUGCUUUCAGACAUGGACAGAACUCUGGCGAGUGUUCCGAGGGGCUACACAAUGUCUGCAGACGUUGCACUGGAGACUCUCCUGUCAGUGUCAUCUCUGGUUAAUGUCCAGGGGAGCUCAUGUGAAAACGUAGCGGGGAGAAACUGCGGAGAAUCCACAGUGAGUCAAAGUUGGAGUGUCCUGCUUCCUGCAUUUUUAAAGCUGGGCGUCACCAACUUGCCUGGAUCCUUCAGAGAUUCUCCUGCUGUUGUGAAUGCGUCACGCAGACCGUGCACUGCACUGCGUUUGUUUUUUGUGAAAGGCAAACUCCAGAGAAAGUCCCAGCCCCAAAUCUGUGGACAUUACCCAGAGUUCAUGUCUGAAAACGGCUUCCUUAAGUGUUGCUGGAGGCUGGUUAGCUCCAUUGGACCAAAUGUCUUGGCUACCUUUUUAUCGCAUUUUAUUGCACUAAUUAUUGUUGAAGUUGUUUUUUUUGCUAUUUUACUUUAAGACUUCUGACAAUUAGGUAUUGUAUUUAUGUUUUGUUUUUUUUACUGUAGUUAGACAUAGCACUUGGGUAAUCAGAAAUGAUGUCAAAUAUAAAACAUUAUUAACUGUAUAUAUAGAGUAUUUACAUUUUGUACGUGCUGUGAUGGUGUGUGUGUGCGCACCUGUGUGUCGUGGAGGUUUCGAGCUGUGUCCAGACACAUUAGUGGGCUGUGGUGCAGAUUUGUUUGUUGGUGCAGACACACAUUCUUUAUGAAAAGGCCACAGACUCGUGUGUUGUAGUCGGUUGGUCACAGAUCGGAGAGUUUCAGACUGUGUCCAUGUCAUGAAGGGAACUGUUUUUUGUGUUUUUGGAAAAACUCAAGAAUCUCAGCAAAAGAUGGGGAGGGCGGGGGGGACGGGGCACAACCCCACUGGUUGGGGUCACUCUUAAAUAGCAGCAUCUUAAAGAAAAUAAUUCAGUAUUUAACCUCCCGUCACGUGCUUGAAGAACAACAUGAAUGAAGGGCUUUUACACCCCCUUCAUUGUUAAUACUUACAUUUUAGUCACUUGUAUAGAUUCACUACCCUUGUUCGUAUAUAUCAAAAGUGAUUGAUUUAAAUUGACACUAGCUCUUUCACUGUUAUGCAGUGUUUGACUAUGCAUAUUAAAUAUGAUAGGGAAUGUUAUCAGGCGAAGACAAUUUUCCAUUGCUUUACACUAUGCACAGUGGAGUCUUGGGUAUUGACCAAAGGUCACAGAAUGGACUGGUUUUCAUCUGUAGAUGAACCCGAGAUGAAAACGUCUGUCUGACUCCAGUCACGCGAGAUAACGUUCAAAGUCUCACCGCACAAAAUGGUUUAAUGGUUUGUGUUUAACCUGUUCCAGACUGCAGCACUGUGUAUUUUUACUUUAAGUUUGUGCUUAACAUUUCCAGUGAGGGUAAAAAAAAAAAAGUUGGGAGUCCACUGCAAACCAAAAAAAAUGUUGGACCAAAGAUGUUUCAUGUCAGAAGGUCAGCAGGAUCAUUUCACCCAGAACAACUUGAUUGGGAAUGCACUGAUAUGUACUUAGACCACUACUAAAACUCAGCAGCUGAAAUUGAUCGUUGUUUUUUUCUUCUCCACUACAUAGAUCUACAAUCCUCAAACAUUGUCCACAGCUGCCCAUCCAUUUUUCUUUUUUAUUUCACCAUUGUCCUGGUGUCCACUGCCACAUUAGUAUUGGUUAAAGGUCCAAUAUGCAACACCGCAGCGGUUAAUGUCACUUACCUGCUGUUUUAUCAACGGACACGCUGUUUUAACUAAGUGACGCUGAUGUGAUGAACUCCUAAGUGACCGAAAUGUGAUCUCUAUUGAUGACACAGUUUCGAUAUUAGGUGAUUCAAGGGAACUUCAGUACCACAAUAGAAUCCUACUUUGGAGUAAGGGCUAGAGCACUCAUUACAGAAAUGCCCGACUUUGCUCUUAUGUCUUUUGGAAGCAGAUCGUACGGGACGUCCUCAACUCUGAGCUUUUUAUAAAUCUUAGAGUUCAUAGGUCGUGAAUGUGACGGGAGAGCAUGGUAAAGAAAAAAACAUGGUAAACAACCUCAUUUCAAUGCAGCAUAUUAACAUCUUCUGCUCCUAAGGUGAAUCAAUCACAAUCUGAAAUGUGUAACUUCUGUUUCUUUCCAGUAUCAAACACAUUUCAUCGAUUGUUCACAUUAUAAGCAGCAGCAUUUCACUACACAGAUGUACUUUCUUCAUAGAUUUGGAAGAUGAAUAUGCCCAGUGUACAAAUCAUUCGGACCAUUUCACUUUUCUAUCAUGGUUAUCAAAACUGGGGCUACAACAAUUAAGUCAUUGUCAACAAUUUUGAUGAUUAGUUCAUCGGUAUCAGUGUUUGUAGAGUUAAAAAAUAAGCGCUCUGUGUUUUCAGCUUCUUGAAUGUGAAUAUGUUGUGGUUUCUUUGCUCCAUAUGACAAAAAAAAUCAUUAAAAUUUAAUCAUUUUUGGUCUGGGCCAAAUUGUCUCAAAAUAAGACAUUUGAAAACAUCGAUAUAACAUUUUUACAAGUCUGUCUCACAUUCAUGGAAGAAACAACUUAUUGAUUAGUUGAGAAAAUCAACCGAUGUAUUUAGAGUUUUUGAAAUCUAGCCAGUGUGUUACUCCAAUAAAAGGACCGAAAAAACUUGCAUAUAUUCACAUUUGAAUUCACAGUCGGAGCUGAAUCGAUAACUUUCAAAAUACACGCCAACCAAUUUUCUGUUCAUGAGUAGUUUGAGUUCUACUGCAGUGUUGUGACAACGCACUUGUGACGAUUCUUAUUAUUAACAAAAAUUGUUCCCAAGGCACCGCUGCACUGUGAAAAGCCGUUCCCUUCUCUUCCAUCAUCUACAAUGUGACUUGUUUUAUACACUCCUGUCACGGAGACCUGCCGUGACGGCUCAUAUCAGUGAGGACCUGCAGAAGUGAAGAAUUUCAGCAGCUGUGUUUGUCUUUACCGGGCACUUGAGUCAUUAACAGCAUCGUUUCCGUUUUUCAAUAAUGUGACAAAAAGCUGGCACAGAGUUUUCAAGGGGACUGAUGCUGAAAAUCAAAAUGUUUACUUGCUGUAAACAAUAGUCCAAUGUCAGUGUCUUUAUUGUGGUGAUUAUAAUUUUUUUUUUUUAAGCCAUUAUAUUUUCUGUAUGUUUCUAUACAUGCCGUUUAAUGUUGCCAUUGCUGUACAAUCACAGUUCACAGACAACAAUAUUCAUCUCAUAGUUUCUUGUACUAUGGUGUAAAGUCAUUUAGUUUUCUCUCUCUGACCGACUCCAAAAUAACCAAAUGAUUGUUAUGAUAUAAUAUAAAUGAGUUAAGUUAGUGUGAAUUAAUUCUUUUCUUAAAUAAAUUAAUGAAGAGA